AUGGAGAACAGGAACAGCAACAACAACAACAGACAGAGGGAGGACUUUGAGGAAAUGGGUUUUCCUGUUCACAGCCAAGUGAGAAAGAUCAAGCAAGAAUCCGAGAAAAUAAUUGAUUGGCUGCCGGGAAAGCCAGAGAUGAGACCUGUCCUUGGAGAGAUCACCAUGACCAGGCAGAUCUCUCGAUCCCCUUUGGGAAUUUCAUGCUGA